AUGCUGCAGAACCCCGUCACCUCCACGCCCUUCUCGGUGGACGACAUCCUGCGGCUGGAGCGAGAGCAGAUCGGGCUCGCGGCCUGGCAGCUCCGGGGGGAGCGCUCUCAGUAUCUGCGUCCGGUCCCGGACCCGCGCGGGGCGGAGGUUCCCAACCCCGGUAGCCGCGGCGACGGAGAGGGAUGGCAGGACGGGCCGGAGCCUCCUGGGGACCCCAGUGAGCGGGUCACAGCCAUGGACGCGGAACGGGUGGAUAGGCACUUGGAGACUUAUCUGUUGGACUGUGAAAACACUUCAGGCACCUCGCCAAGCCUUCCCCAAGCCCCCAAGCAGCCGCAGAAGCGCUCCCGGGCCGCCUUCUCCCACUCUCAGGUCAUCGAGUUAGAGAGGAAGUUCAGCCACCAGAAGUACCUGUCGGCCCCCGAAAGGGCUCACCUGGCCAAGAACCUGAAGCUCACCGAGACCCAAGUGAAAAUAUGGUUCCAGAACAGACGCUAUAAGACCAAGCGAAAGCAGCUCACGUCGGACCUGGGCGGCCUGGAGAAGCACGCCUCCUUGCCAGCCCUGAAAGACGAGGGCUUCUCCCGGGCCCCCCUCAUCUCCAUGUACAGCAGCUACCCUCACUACCCCUACCUGUACUGCCUGGGAGGCUGGAGCCCAGCUUUCUGGUAACGCCAGCUCAGACGACGAACGUUCAUGAUCAGAAACUGCCUUCCCCAGGUUGUCUUUCCUCAAAGCCAAAGGGGCCGGGCCAGAGGACUGGAGAGCAAGAGGCAUGCAGACCAAGACUGUUGGAGGUUUGCAUGGAAAUUCCAGAUUCUUCGCUGGUGGGCCAAUGAGAGGUCUGGCCCAGUGCAUCAUUUAAUAUCCAAAUAGUUCCCCCAACACAUGACGUAGGUCCUUUUUGCCUUUAGAGACCUGUUUGAAGUGGGGAAGGGUAGAGUCAAGUGCGGUUUGCAGCCCUGUGUGGGCUGUUGUGUGCGCUGUCCAAGUUGCUGCCGAGGAUUGCGUUCCUGGAGCUCCCUUCUCCCAUGUACCCGGGCAGAGACUCUGAGAGAGCAAACCUGAGGGAGAAAGGACAGCCAAGAUGAGGAUGUCACUACCAAAUUAGACUGAAGUUCAAAAGCCUCAUUGGCCUUGGAAUAUGACCAAGCUUUCUCUUUGUCCCUGUAAGAGAGGGACACAGAGGGUCUCGCCGAGAAACCUGUCGUGCUCAGGUUUAGUCCUUUUUAAAGAGUUCACCAACCUAAGUCUUUGCAAGGUGGCCCAAGUAGACCAAGAGUUAUUCGCUGUGGGUUUAAGACAAGCUGUUUAACCAGAACACUACGGUAAGCAGCGGGCCAGGACAGAAGGAUCCCCGUGUGUCCAAGGAGAAGUCCCCACGCUGCUGCGGGAGGCAUUGCAAUUUUGUUAGCAAAAGUUAAAAAACAAACA